AUCGAUAUAUGUAUUGAUUGAAUAGCUUGUCAGUACGAUUGAACAGUGCGUAAAGAUUCGCUGGCUCUCUCUCUCUCUCUCUCUCUUCCCAUGAAUAAAGGCGGAAGAUGUAAAGUUCUCAUAUUCUAUCAAAAUCUAACCUAAGCAAGGAGCAGGCGCUCUUUCUCUCUGUAUCAAGACUGUUUAAUGGAUCGGAGAGGCGUACGCAGAGAGGAAAUUGACCAAUUGUGAUCGCGAUCGCUGAGAAAGCAAGCCAAGCCCUAGGGCGUCUUCGUUCUCUCGUGCAGUGGGUCGGAGUUUCAUCGAUGGAGUCGCCGCCGUCGCUCGCCAGAUACAUGCCUCAUCAAUCCAAGAAGAGAGUGUUUCCUGGGAGUAGCUCGUCGUAUGUGGAACCGGACGUCGUUGAAAUCUCUCCGCCCGGGUCUUGGACUACGAAGCCCAAAUCGCUUAAGCAGAAAGAGGUUAUUCAUCCGGAAGUAAUUAAUGUUGACAUUGAAGAAGAUUCCGGAGAUGUGAUUUUCAUUGAUAGGAAAGUUGAUGCACAUAGCAGAGGCAAGGAAGCUUUGGCUGAUUUUGCGUGUAGUCAUAUUAAUACAGCAAAGGCUAAAUCACAUGAUGGAGUUCAGUCUUCUAAGAAGAGUUCCAUCCUAGGAUUGCAUAGUUCAUUUAAUUUGGAAGGUUUCAGCAAUGAUUUUCCUUAUGAUGGCGAUGAGUAUAUGGAUACAUAUCAUGAUGAUUUAACACAUGAUAGUGAGUAUGAGUAUGCUAUUUUGCAAGCCCAUUUUGAUAGCAUGGAUAUUCCUCCUGGAGUUGAGGUUCCAAUUCCUUGGUUCUCUGGUCCUGCUCAGACAGAAAAUAAUUUGGCUACAAUAAAUACUUCAAACCAUUCAGCUUUUGCAAUCCCAUUAGAUGCCUCUGGAACAGACUCACCUUAUUCUCACAGGGGGCUGGAACUUACUCAAACUGGAAACAAAUCAAUUUCCACAAGCACUUCUAGUUUGCAAACGCAUGUGGAUGCCUUUGGUCACCCUUACAGGGCGGAUCUGUCAUCACCUUGGCAACACCCAGAAUUUGCUCAGGAUAAGAAAAAAAUAGCUGGUUCUACUAGUUCAAAGUUUUUGAGCUCACAAAUGGAGAAAGGUGCCCAUAAUCAACCAACUGAAUAUAAAUCUUGGCGUGCGCUGGGAUUCUCCAAUGGCAAAAAGAAGCCUUCUGGUUCUGGUAGUACAACUGGCCAUUCGUCACAUAACCUACUGGGCACUGUAAAGCCGCCUUCUGGAAAGGAACCAUCCUAUAGUGGCUCUUAUCUUCACAGAUGCAAGAAACCAGUUGACAAUGGUAGUCCAAAUUACUCAAAAGUUUCAGCAAUCCAGAAAAAGCUUUCAGCAACGCAGAAAGUGAAUCUUCCUUCUGGAGUAGAUGCUUAUAUGUCUGGGUGGCCAAAUUCUGCUUUAUUUAUGCCCGAACCAUAUCUCAUUAAUGAUGUUUAUAAUUCACCUGAUCCCUUGCUUCCCUUUAUUCCAAAGGAGUUACCUGUCUCAUGGGUCCAGGAUCCUGCUAAUGGUCAAAAGAGUGUGACUUCUGCAGGAAGCUUAACUGUCCCAUCCAGUUCACCAUUUGUCAUUCCAAAGUAUGUGGAUGAGAAUGAGAUUAUGCAGAAAUUUGAACUUUUUAAACAGUUUGAUAUGGUGCAAGAUCAUUCAGACCAUCACUAUUCUUGCAAAGGUUCUUCAACAAAGCAGCCAUCAAAGAGUUGGGCGAAGAAGAUACAGGAAGAGUGGAGGAUUCUCGAGAAAGAUUUGCCAGAUACAAUAUUUGUCAGGGUUUAUGAAUCAAGGAUGGACCUAUUGACAGCAGUUAUUAUAGGAGCUGAGGGGACUCCCUACCAUGAUGGUCUCUUCUUUUUUGAUGUUUUCUUUCCUUCCGGUUAUCCAAAUGUCCCACCGCAUGUGCACUACCAUUCUGGUGGUCUUCGAAUCAACCCAAAUUUGUAUAACUGUGGAAAAGUGUGCUUGAGUCUUCUUAACACCUGGAGUGGUAGCCAGAAUGAGAAGUGGAUUCCUGGUGUAUCAACCAUGCUACAAGUUUUGGUAUCUAUACAGGGGCUUAUUUUGAAUGCCAAGCCCUACUUCAAUGAACCUGGUUUUGCAAGAAUGAGUGGGUCGGCAAAUGGAGAGAAGAAUUCACAGCAAUACAAUGAAAAUACACUUAUCCUGUCACUGAAAACAAUGGUGUACACAAUGAGGAGGCCGCCAAAGCAUUUUGAGGAUUUUGUUUUCGGACAUUUCUACAAGCGUGCUCAAGAUAUUUUGGUGGCAUGCAAAGCCUAUAAGGAUGGAGCUCAAGUUGGUUGUCUUGCUAAAGGUGGGGUUCAGGAUCUCGAUGCAGGUGACAAGAGCUGUUCGCAGCAUUUCAAAGAUACUUUGGCCGACUAUAUCACUGUGCUUGUGCAAACAUUUUCACAAAUUGGGGCCAAGGACUGUGAGAAGUUCCUUUCCCUUGCGGAGAAAGGAAAUGGUCGAGCACCCUCUGUGCCCAAGGCUCCAAACUAUUUUGAUCCUCUUGACUAGCGAUUUUGAGAUGCUGGCAAUGCAUUAUGCAUGUAAGACAUAUAUAGGCAAAUCAUAUUUAAUUUUCGUUCCGUAUAGUUUAGACUUAAGUUGUGGAGCCCUGUUGUAUAUAGCUGUUUAUAUGGAUAUGAUGGUUUAAAGUUUUUAUUUAAUUAUGGUUAGUGGUCAGUAAGGUGGAAGCUGA